CAGUAAGUAGUUUUGACACAAAGAUCAUGAAAGUACUGACGAUUUUAUUGAUUGGUAUUUGCGUUAUAUCCAUAUCAGCCCACGACCAUGAGGAGAAGCAUCGUGGACGUCACACUUCCGAAGAAUCUAGGGGACAUUCCAAAGAACAUAGCCAUUCACACAGUCACGAACACGAUAGACGCCGUUCCAGUGGAAGCUGCUCCAAAGAGGAACGAGGAAAAGGACAUCGGUCCGAAACAGUGAUAGCACGGAGUCAUCACCAUCAUCCAUUUGGAAUCAUCCAUCAUAUUUUGGGACAUCACCAUCAUAUUUUGCCAUAAUCAUUAGUUCUCACAUCAUAGAUGAACACAGGAAGCUCACAAUUUAAUAUGUAUAUUCUUAUAAAUUGUAUGAACCAUCUAUAAAUAUAUACCUAAGAGGAAAAUUGUAAUUAAACUGUUUGUUUUUUUGAAUUUUGGAAAAUUGUAUUAAAAGUUUAUGGAAAAUUAUAUACCUGAGUCGAAUAAAAUUAUCCAUACAAGCAAAACUACAAUAUAAUGAUUUCAUUUAUUCAUUAUUAUUGAUGUACGAUUUAACAUUAUUAAGCAAA